AGCAGCAACGUGUUUGCCGGGGGAACUAAAUAUCUGGACGCGACCGUGAAGUGUCAUGUCGUCUGCGGCACUUCUUGGCUGACUUUUGCCUUUCCCCUCUGGUCUCGCUGUCUCUCUCCCUCUCUCGCUCUGUCUCUGUUUGUAAACUGGAGUCUGGAGUGCAGUGCGCAGUGGAGACUGGACAGACUUGGACACACGGACGCACAGAACGCGGACAAUCACAGCUGAGUCUCUGCGCUGUCAUAUCACACCGAGGUGCUCAGAGAUGAGAGAAGCCUGUUUGAGGACGCCUGCGCUGCUCCUUCUGGUUUGUGUGAAGGUUGCUGUGUGGGCCAACGAUGGCGGUGCAGUGUUCAUCAGAGAAUUCACUCUGAUUCGACGUGACCACCUCCCUGAAGAGCCUCUCCAUGAGAGCAGCCAAAGGCCAGAGGACCCGAGCUCUCGGACGGCAAGAUCAGAAGAAGACAGGGACACGCUGUGGGAUGCCUGGGGAUCAUGGAGUGAAUGUUCCCGUACCUGUGGAGGAGGAGCCUCAUACUCCCUCCGACGAUGCCUCAGCUCCAAGAUCUGUGAGGGGCAGAAUAUCAAAUAUCGCACAUGCAGUAAUGUGGACUGCCCUCCAGAUGCAGGUGAUUUCCGGGCGCAGCAGUGCUCAGCUCACGCUGAUGUUCGAUACCAGGGUCAGUACCACGAGUGGCUGCCUGUGUACAAUGACCCGGACAACCCGUGUGCUCUCAAGUGCAAAGCCAAAGGUUUGGGCCUUGUGGUGGAGCUGGCGCCCAAGGUGCUGGAUGGGACCCGCUGUUACACAGAGUCCUUGGACAUGUGCAUCAGCGGAGUCUGCCAGAUUGUAGGCUGCGAUCAUGAGUUGGGGAGCACGACAAAGGAGGACAACUGUGGUGUCUGCAAUGGAGACGGCUCAUCCUGCAGACUUGUGCGAGGACACUACAAAUCCCAGCAUGCUUCAGGAAAAACUGAGGACACAGUCGUCGUCAUCCCCUACAAGAGUCGUCAUGUUCGUCUUGUUCUGAAAGGCCCGGAUCACUUGUAUGUGGAGAGUAAGAGCCUCCACGGCCUCAAGGGGGAAUUGGUCUUUGAUACAACUGGGCAGUACCACAUGGACAACACCAGCUUGGACUUCCAGAAGCUUUCUGACAAGGAGAUCCUGAGGAUCGCUGGGCCACUUGGAGCUGACUUCACUAUCAAAGUACAGUUUACCAGUGGUGCAGACAGUGUGAUCCAGUACAUCUACUAUCAACCCAUCAUCCAUCGCUGGAGAGAGACUGACUUCUUCCCAUGCUCUGUGACAUGUGGUGGAGGUUAUCAGCUAACCUCGGCAGAAUGCUUUGACAUACGGAGCGGCAGAGUGGUUGUGGAUCAGUAUUGUCAUUAUUACCCAGAGAAUGUCAAACCUAAGCCCAAACUGCAGGAGUGCAACAUGGACCCCUGCAUGGCUAGUGAUGGCUACAAACAAAUUAUGCCGUAUGACCUUUACCACCCCCUGCCCAGAUGGGAGAGCAGUCCCUGGACUGCCUGUUCUACUUCCUGCGGUGAGGGCAUCCAGAGUCGCUCUGUGUCCUGUGUGGAGGAAGACAUGCAGGGAACCAUUACUGCCACUGAUGAGUGGAAGUGUCUCUACUCCCCAAAAACAGCUAUCCUGCAACCCUGCAACACCUUUGACUGCCCCACCUGGCUAGCACAGGAUUGGUCACCUUGUACGGUGACGUGUGGACAGGGCCUGCGCUACAGAGUGGUGUUAUGCAUUGAUCACAGGGGGCUCCACGCCGGAGGCUGCAACCCUACUACCAAACCCCACAUUAAGGAGGAGUGCCUGGUGACCGUGCCCUGCUACAAGUCCAUGGAUACCCUUCCAGUUGAAGCAAAACCUGUGUGGCAUAAACAGGCCAUUGAGUUGGAUGAGGAGAUCACAGUGACUGAGGAACCAAGCUUCAUCCCUGGUCCCUGGGAGCCGUGCAGCAGGACAUGCGGUGCUGGAACCCAGCGACGCAGGGUCAAGUGCCAGGUGCUGCUGAGCUUCUCUCAGAGUGUAGCUGACCUUCCUGAUGAUGAGUGUGAGGGGCUCAAACCCACAGCAAGUCAGCCCUGUUACCGCACUCCCUGCUCUGUUGUGUUGGGCCAAGAAAAAGAAAGCAAGACGGAGGGGGAGAAGGAGGAGGAGGAGGAGAAUGAGGAGGAGGUGGAGGAGGAAGACGGAGAGACACCCCACAGGGAGGAAUUACACGACUGGGAAUAUGAAGGCUUUACGGAGUGCUCAGAGAGCUGUGAGGGAGGUGUGCAGGAGGCUGUGGUUAUCUGUCUGAAUAAGCAGACCAGGGAAGCAGCAGACCAGAGCCUUUGUGUGAGCUCCCGGCGGCCCCCACAACUCCUCCAGGACUGCAGGACACAGCCCUGUCCCCCCAGGUGGGAAACAGGUGAGUGGAGUUCAUGCUCUGCGACCUGUGGGGUUGGUCUGAUGACCCGCACUGUCUCUUGCAUUCACCAUCCGUCUCGGGACAGCAACCGCACAGAAGUUGUGAGGGAUGAAGAUUGUCAUAGUCCCAAACCCAGUCCCAUCCAAGCCUGCAACCGCUUUGACUGCCCUCCAAUGUGGGACACAUAUGACUGGGGACAGUGCUCCCAAAGCUGUGGUGGUGGGGUUCAAAAGAGAAAGAUAUUGUGCAAACAGCGGCUGGCGGAUGGCAGCAUUCUGGAGUUACCCGAGACUUUUUGCCCUGCUAAAAGUCCUGUAAGCCAGCAGCCUUGUGGCAAGAAAGAGUGCCCACCUCACUGGGUCACAACCGAAUGGUCCCAGUGUUCUGUGACCUGCGGAAAUGGCAUUCAGACUCUUCAGGCCAUCUGCAGAAAGCUCCAGGCUGAUGGGCAAUAUUGGACCAUGGACCCUAAGAACUGCUCCUUAAAUUCCUGGCCCACCAGAAUCCGGCCGUGCUUGCAAAGGCUUUGUGAAAGCUCUGUCAAACCAGACCCCACUAUACUGACCCAAAAGAAAGUUUAUAUACAGUGGAGGAAAGGCAAAAAGAUACAGUUGAUUGUGGGCAGCUAUGGUUACCUCCUUCCCUGGACAACUGUGGUGCUUCGCUGCCCAACCAGACACUUCCGCAAAGGCCACAUUCAAUGGUUGAAGGAUGGGAAACCCAUUGUCAGCCUCCCGCACCUCUCCAUUACACCAAUGGGUUGUGUUAAGAUUCACCAGGUUCAUGCAUCUGAUGCUGGGAUUUACACUUGCAUUGCUGGCCAAGCACGGGAACAUUUUGUCCUGAAGAUUAUUGGCAGCAAACAUAAGCUCUCAGUUCCAGACUCAUGGGUCCUUGCAGACAGUCAACAAAAAGUUGUGCUGCCUGAUGUGGCCUCAACAGGAGAAAAAUUUCAGGAACUACCCAUCUCCCUUAGCCAAUAUGACAACAUUGUUGAGCUCUUGCUUGAACUCAAAGGCUCUCUCCAAGAGGAAAAAGACAUUACCAAUAAACCACAUUCCAGUGAAAAGAACAGGUCAACCCUGGAAGAUGAGAGAGCAAGCAUGAAAGUUUCCAGCCCAGUUGUACUUGUCGCUGAUACCCACAGGCUCGAUGAGAUCAUGCACAACCUCUCUGAAGGCCGUGGAGGACCACGGGGUGAACAACUCAUUGCUCAGUUGCUCAGUGAGCUCACCAUGACACAAGGUGAAACUAAUGACUCUACUCUUCACCCUCCGGAAAGUGCAGAAUCUUCUACACAUGGGCCACCUAUUUAUAAAGCAAAAACCCACACAACCAGAAACCCAGUGAUUAUCCAGCGGCCUAGGAAGGUCGGAGUCGUAAUGUCUUCAUCUGAAAUGAUAGUUCAUGUGGGAGUGCCAGCUCUGCUUCAAAAACCAGUUGAUAGUUUGGAGUUAAGAUGCGAGGCGCUGGGAAAUCCUGAAACAUCCCUAACAUGGACAAAGAAUGGAAAAGAGUUGCUCUACAAUAGCAGAGUAGGAAUUUUGCCCACUGGCUCGCUUAGGAUUCAGUCUCCAAGCAAAGUGGAUGAGGGUUUAUACACUUGCACUGCCAGGAAUCGUUUUGGAUCUACAUCUCUUUCAUCCUGGCUGCAGGUUGCAGGUAGCAAAGGAAGGAAUUGUGGUCAAGUUAACAGUAUGGGAGUAAAUGGCCUUAUUUGCUCUGAGAGAAGUAACAGCAGCCAAUCAGCAGAGUUGUGUCAGGGACAAGGGUGUCCCCUCAGUUGGAUUAGGUGGCGAGCUGAACCUUGGUCACCAUGUUCAGCCACUUGUGGAGGUGGCUCCCAGACCAGGAGUGUCCGCUGCAUGAGUGCGUCUGAGGGAACGUCAAGAGAGGUGGAGAGCCAGUUCUGCCUUGAAACAGGCAGGAGACCCUCUGACAGCAGACUGUGCAACCUUCUGCCCUGCACCAGAUGGACCACAACCUCUUGGGGGCUGUGUCAUGGUCAGUGUAUAGGACCCAGUUUGGCCACACAGCACCGCCAUGUUUACUGCCAAAACAUAAAUGGAACCAAAGUCCCCAGUAGGAUGUGCGUUGGACUCCGCAGGCCGAUCUCUCUGAAGAACUGCUCCACAGAUGGCUGUGCCCUGCACUGGCGUAUUGGUCCGUGGACCCAGUGCACUGCAACCUGUGGAAGACACGGCUUCCAGUCACGGCAGGUGACUUGCACUCACCGUCGCACUGGCAAGGCUACACGUGAACAUCAAUGCAUGUGGAGGCCACGCCCCCCCAGUUGGCAGCGAUGCAAUAUUAUGUCGUGUGGAAGAGCAGGCGAAUGCAGAGACAGCACAAGGUACUGUGAGAGGGUUCGACAGCUGGAGCUCUGCCCACUGCCCCAGUUCAAGAGUCGCUGCUGUCACUCCUGCCAAAACACCUGAGACGAAGGAGACCGGAGAUGAGCACGGUGGACAACCUGAAGAAGUCAGGGAAGGUGCCAACAGAGACUUGAAACCUCUAUGCCCCAUCCACAUACAACAACUGCCUUCGAUUGAACAAAUCUGGAUGAGUUGCAUGGUCAUACCUGGAGGGACUGUUAAUGUUUUUGUCAAAGAUGCAAUGUGUGGGUUUGAAUUAGAGAGUAUUGUUUUUUCAGGAGUGGUGUGUCUGUUAAUGAAGGCUUCACUUUUACUCUUUUCUUUAAAUUCUGAAGUUCACUUUCAGCAGCUUUCCAGAGUAAGUUACAAGUGACUGAGACACAUUUCCAUUUGUGAACAAAAGGAACAUGAGGUUACUGCAUGAUUUCAUAAAGAGGGGCUUGUAAAAAGAGAUGUUACACCAAACCUAUCUGCGUUACUGCUAUGUGGUGCUGUUUCAGGGUUAAAUACCAAUAGCAUUAGCAUUCAGUACACAAAUGUGUAAUUAUUAGCCUUUAAAAUUGACUGACAUUUUACCUAGGGAUUCUGGCUAAAACCCCCAAGUUUGUGAAAACCACUGGAUAGUUGUGUGUUUGCCUUGUUUUUGCAAUGAUCUUCAAAACAGUAUUGUUAAAUAGUUUAAAUUUUUUAUUGUGGGUAUAAUGCAGUGAAAUACAGCACAGUGCUGUAUAUAAAAGGGAAAAAGUUGAAACGACUAAAAGCCUAAUAUCUGAUAAAUGGUAUACAUUCAGUAUAGUAGCCUUCUGGAAAAUGGAUCAAGAUCUGUGCUACCAUUUGAUCAAUUUAGCAUAUGAGGACAGCAGUGAUUGAUCAAGUCAUUAAAAAAAGGAAAGACAGUUGGAUUGCAUAUGUUUUUAACUGAGAGUUGAAAGUAGAACAUGAUAAAGCGUUAUCUUGCAUGUGUUGCACUAGAGGAGGUAUAUUAGACUGGAGCAAGUCAGUUUUGGGAAAAAGACAAUUUUGCACUAAACUCUGUUAAGAACAUGCUUGUGGAGAUUUUUUAAAAAUCAAGUUUGUUAUGUCACAUUGUUUAUAUAUUUUGUUUUCCAAUUUCAAUAUUUUUUGGAAAGAUAUUUGUCAAAAAUGUCCCUUUAACCACUUUGAGACGUUGCAGCCCGUGUAAACUUGGGGUGAGUAUUUUCACCUCUGGUCAUCCUGUCCAGGGAAGAAUAUAUUUUGUAUUUUUUACCUUUUAGGGGAGUUUAAGCAGCUAUUUUGUUACUCUUCUGCCUAGGAAAAUGAGUAAGUUGAACUUAAUGUGUCAAAAUGGCAUCUGUGUCAUAUUUGGAUGUUUCAUGAAACAAUUUUAUUUUUUGUAAUGGUUUGGCACUUUUGAUAUUACACCUUUGGUUUUCAUCUUCAUAUGCAACACAAACCAUUGCAGGAGACUACUUUGCCUUUACAUUGCGGUGCCAUCCAAUGAUUUAUUUGGGAUGAAAACAUCAUUAAUAUUUUCCUUAUGCUCUUAACUUAUGUACAUAUUUGUCUUGUCUUUCAACUAUUUAUUUUAAUAUGUGUUCCUGUGCAUACUUUUGUAAAUAAUCAGAGGGCUGGGGUUUAAGUAUUCAUUUCUAAAACAGCUGAUAGUAUUUGAUGUGCAUGCAAUGGGGACCCUCUACUGGUGACUUGAUGUGUUGCUCUCUGCUCAUGCCUGGUUUAUCAUUAAAUAAAACCAAAUACAUUCCUUUCAUAA